GUUAGAAAACUUAAGCUCAUAGCGAUAGAUAUCCCAGAAUGCAUCACGUCCCUACCCUUGGCAGUCAAGUGCAAGCUCUGUCUCAGUGUUGUGCGAAUUUCGUCUUACGUAAAGGUCUAAAUAAACUAUGUUUUUAGCGAUUUCGUGAUGGAUGACAAGUGUCGGAAUGUGUAUGCAGAUAUGUGUCGUUAAGUGUAUUGUGAAGUGCGUGAACCAUUAAAGCCUGCAAAAUAGGGAAUAUCUUUUUAAACGCGAGGUAGGGCGAGACCCAUCGGUGCUGCCUACCCACCAUAUUUCUUGAUAACUGGCCUGAUGCCAUGGGUUGUUUUGGUAGCGGAGGCUCAAAAGCGGACCAAGAAGAACGAAAAAUUUUAAGUGAACGAAAUAAAAAGAUAAACGCACAACUCCAAAAGGAUAAACAAGUGUAUAGAGCAACGCACAGGUUAUUAUUACUAGGUGCCGGAGAAUCAGGGAAAAGCACAAUAGUGAAGCAGAUGAGGAUAUUGCAUGUCAAUGGCUUUAGUGAAGAAGAGAAGAGGCAGAAAAUAGAAGACAUCAAGAAGAAUAUUCGAGAUGCGAUAUUAACCAUAACCGGCGCGAUGAGCACGCUGACGCCGCCCAUCCAGCUCGAGAAUCCCUCCAACCAGCACCGGGUCGACUACAUCCAGGAUGUCGCCUCGCAACAUGACUUCGACUACCCGCCGGAGUUUUACGAGCACACGGAGAUCCUAUGGAAGGACCGGGGAGUACAGGCGUGUUACGAGCGCUCCAACGAGUACCAGCUGAUCGACUGCGCCAAGUACUUCUUGGACAAAGUUCACAUAAUUAAGCAGCCCAACUACACACCCACUGAACAAGACAUUCUCAGAUGUCGUGUCUUAACUUCUGGUAUCUUUGAAACAAGAUUUCAAGUGGAUAAAGUCAAUUUCCAUAUGUUCGAUGUUGGAGGACAGAGAGACGAAAGGCGGAAGUGGAUACAGUGUUUCAAUGAUGUUACCGCAAUCAUAUUUGUUACUGCAUGCAGCAGUUACAACAUGGUACUGCGUGAAGAUCCUACCCAGAACAGGUUGCGCGAGAGCCUUGACCUGUUUAAAAGCAUUUGGAACAACAGGUGGUUACGGACAAUAUCUGUGAUCCUGUUCCUGAAUAAGCAGGACCUACUGGCAGAGAAGAUCAAAGCUGGGAAGUCUAAACUGGAAGAAUACUUCGCUGACUUCGCCCAGUACCCUACCCCUACGGAUGCAAUGGCAGAACCAGGGGAAGAUCCAGAAGUUAUUCGGGCCAAGUACUUCAUUCGGGAUGAAUUUUUACGUAUCAGUACAGCAAGUGGAGAUGGCAAGCACUAUUGUUACCCACAUUUUACAUGUGCUGUAGACACUGAAAACAUCCGGCGUGUGUUCAAUGACUGUCGUGAUAUAAUUCAACGGAUGCACCUUCGCCAAUAUGAGCUCUUGUGAUGCCUGUCACUGGCUUCAGCUUUAGGUAAUAUGUUUUUGGACUACGUCCAGGUGUUACUGUACUGUUGAAAGUCAGUAGGGUGAAGAGCAGUGGUUUGUGGGAGGGUCACGUGGGAGAUCCCACUCUGAUUGCCAGCGAGAAAAUUUAAGGGAAACACUGUAAAACUGAAAUGUGGACUAAAGUUUAAACUUAUAACUAGCCAAAGCAUUUAUAAGUACAGUAUAUAUGUGUAUAUUGCCAGGAUGUAACAACUAAUGAAGUGAAGCCAAUAUUAAAAAUAUAUAUAAAUAUACAUAUAUAAAUAAUGUAAUUGAGUAAAUACGUGCACAAAAUGUUUUCGUCGCCAAAGGAUACUAUUUGCUUGUUGUUGUUCACCCCAAUUUUAUUGUGUAAAUAUUUUUGUUUAAAAAGUUUUAGAAAUGUGAAAAUGAUAUCUUGGCUCUGUUUUUUAUAUUUAUUGUAAUGUAUUCUGCAGAAACUGAAUGGUGGUUGGCAACUAUGGAACUCAGAAUACUUUCACUGUAGUUGUCUUAUAAUUUCUGAAAAAAAAAAAAAAAGAAAAUAGAGAACUGUGUUACUUGUUGGCGUUCUGGAAGAGUAGCUGUUUUUGGUGUGGCCAACUGUUUUAGGACUAGCUAUGCAGUAUUUGAUUAACAAUUGUGUCAUUGUUUACAUGUCAUUUUGUGUCUAUGUAAGUAAAACUUUUUCUCAUUGUUUCAAAUGUUUUUACACAUUGUGAAGUAGCUAUGGUAUUUCUUGUCUCUUUUUUUAAUUUUAUUACUGUUCUUUUAUAUACAAAAGGUCCAGUGGCAUAAUGUGUUUUAAAGUAGUGUAUUGUCAGAUUUGACAAUUGCCGCCCCCCCCCCCUCGAAAUUUGUAGCUGUGGCAUAUCAGUUAUUUUCAAAACUAAUGUUGUUUUCUUAUAUUAGCGUAAAACUUUGCUCUUUUAAAUCCUCACUCCAACUUUAGUGUUCCUGGAAACUGUUGUAGGGAGAGGCUGAACAUUUGUGCAGUUUGUCAGACACUCGCCAGAGUAGCUCCAUCUGAAUAGGGAGUGGGGAAUUCCAAAUAUCUGGCCACCACGUUCUCGGAGUAGUGUUGCUUCCUCAUAUGUUGCAUGUAGGGUGAGGCAUCUAUCCAUUUAGUUAGUAUUUGACGCUCCAAUAAUAUUGAUAAUCUAUUUUUACUUUGAUGAAUAGUCACUAAUGCAUCACACACACACACACACACACACACACACACACACACACACCUACCUUUGCUACUUUCAGAAGUUUUUGAUAUAUUUGUGCACAGUUGUAGAGUGGAAAUAGGAAAUGUUGGUGAAAAUGUGAAGUGCAAGGUCAAAGAAACCAGGAAAAAGUCAAGUGUAACAAGUUAUAGAAAUGAAAAUGAAGAUGUAAGUGCCAUGCUCCACUUCUGGGGAAUCAAUCAUCACUACUCUUACUUCAAACAGAAAUGAAGGAAAGUAUUUGCAUCACUGAUACAAUGAGAUAUAAAAUCCUCUCUCUUUCAACAAACAAUCCUGUUGGAGGAACAUCCACAACUGAGCAUUAUACCAAAGGUCGAAAAUCCUGCUUCAGUUGUAAAGUUCUUUUACUAUCACACAACCGGUUUUAAGCUCUUAUAAGCCCAUCUUCAGGUGUUGUAAGCUAGUGCUGUGGCCUCAGAAUGCAACGAUGAACAUGUACUAGGCGCGAUGUUCUACCUAUGAUCACAGAGCAGGGAGUCCCGAAGAUGGGCUUAUAAGAGUCCGAAACCAGUCAUGUGAUAAUAAAAGAACUUUGCAACUCAAGUGGGAUUUUUUCAACCUCAGGCCUCUGUAUUUCAUUUCAAGAAUAUAGACCCUGACUAAUAGGUCUUUCUUUUUCAUCACAUAUUUUGUUGGUCAGUGGAAGGUCAGAAGUAUUUCCUAGGAUGGGAUGGUCACAUAGAUUGAACCACAUCUUCAACACAACAAACCUUCAGUCUUCUUCAUCAAACUGCUUUAAUCAAAAGUUAGCUUUUCUUUUCUGAGCUGAAACAUAUUUCUGAAGUGAUGAUUAUCUUUCAUUCGCUGUUAUUUAACAACCUGUUAGCCAAGAAAUCAAGAUCUAAUCAAUCACUUUCAUCCAUUUUCAUUAGCCUGGAAGGGUUUUUAGCUUUUAACAAUGCUAAGCAAUGUUUCUAAUUAUUCUAGUAAAUAUCAAAAAAAUAAUGCUCUGAAGCUGAGUAGCUGCAACCAGAAACCAAAAAAAUUUAAUUUCGGCACUUUCAUAUAUGCUUCAAAGCAAGUAACAUCAAAGUCAUUACCAUCUUGUUGUUUUUGUUGUGUCCUACACAGGUAUCACACCAUAUGAGUAGUGUCUUCUUGCCACUACAUCCUGAACUCAAAACUUUUAAUCAAACAUGACACCUCUUCGUUACCUGCUCUGCCAGUCAUAUUAUCAUACCAAAUACACAUCAGUCAUGUACCUAAGUCAAUAUUUACGUUCAAGUUGGAGUUUAAGAGCUGUCUUGAAUAAAAAUUGGUUUCUGUUUGAGAUUUGGUGUGAACAUAACUCCUGAAGAUCAACCGAACUGUACAGUUUUCACUUCAGGGUAUUUGAAAAGCCAAAGUGUCAUUUUCAAUCAUUUCCUGGGCUCUCUCAGCCUUUGCUUGACGUGUCUCCUAUUCAUAUUUUGCAGUCAUUUCCAGUUCCAUCAAUCUUCAUAUAGAGCUUACUGCAUUUUUCACGCCUGUCAGACCAAUUACGGGAGAGUUAAAAUGUUUUUCUGUAAAAGAAACAUAUGUAUGACUUACACUAAAAGUAUGGGCUAAACUAGUCCUUGCUUGACUUUAAUCUGCCAAAGUGACUUCCUUCUCUGAGGAAAGACUCUGGUUGUGCUUAAUCAAAUUUGUAUGUUCUUCGCUGAACUUCACUGUGUAUGUGUCAGAACUUGUAGUGUGUACACUAUGUCCUAUACCGACUUUGUAAGUUCUCCCUCCUUUUAUAAGAUAGUCUUCUAGUGUCUGUAGUUGUCAGAUGACAGAACAAAAAAAUGUGUUACUGCGUACUUGACAGUGUCCACGUGGACCAUCGGACACAGUAUAAUUUGUGCUGGCUUGUCCUCCUCUUUAACAUGGCUAAUCAUAUUUACCAUGACAUUUUCUGUCAACAGGAUUACUUUAUUACAGCCCAUUAUGUAUGUACCCUGCUUUUCUUCACAUAUUGACAAAACUGCAUGGAUAGAUGUCCUUGUGUUUGUAUGCAGUGAUUUGCACUUACAUCUAUGGUUACAUGUAACCUAGAGCAAAUAGCUAUAACUAGAAUGAUCAUACAGAUGAUGAUGAUGAUGAUAACAAUAAAAUAUAACAACACUAAAAAAUAAAAAUAUUCCAUGACAAAAUUACCCAUUACUUUGUUUUAUUUCAUUAUGCCACACAAUACACAGUAAAUUCUAAUGCUUUAAACAUCAUGCUGUGACAUUUCUUUCUGAACAACAGCUGUCCCUUGGUUACAAACGGCUAUUCUUGAAUUCCUAGCUCACUAUUCUUCUUUAUGCUUUUAAUCUCGCUUUUCAUUUCGCUUUUCAUUUCAAUGAUAAAGCACUAGCUACAAAAAUUCGUCUCAAAAAUGACUGAAACAAAGUAGAUUCUAUUGUUGCUUGAUGUUUGUAUGAAAAUGAGUGGGAAACAGGUUGUAAUCUGUCUCUACUGCAGUUAUACGUGCUUUGCAAUUUCAUCAUUCCUCAAGCCAUGAGCAAAAGGAUGUUGCACACUGCCUCAUCUAGUGAACGUGUUUUGAAGUACAAGGAGACUUCUCUGGUACAUUCAGUGGUUUAAAGGAAAAAAUGAAAAUUUCCAAUUUUGCCACCUUCAGCAUUUCCUAUUUCCAGUCUUCAAUUAUCUUCAAAUGAUUUCAUGUAUUUGCUUUCCUUUUCAUGCUUGUAGGCAUCUCCUCCUCCCUCUCUCUCUCUCUCUCUCUCUCUCUCUCUCUCUCUCUCUCUCUCUCUCUCUUUAUCCCUGCUUUUCAUUGUAAAAUAAUCUUUGUGCUGUAGGCUAGACUUCCCUCCACCUCUGGCUUAAGGCACUGACAUGUCAUGUAAUGUUUGUAUAUAUUGUAGCUUGCAUUUCGUCCUUCACUAUUUCAGAAAAAUCAUGAAUACACACAUUCAAUCUCCAUUUUGACAUAUCUAAAAAGUAUUUAUUUUUAUUACAAAUGUAAUAUUUUCAGAUAAAGCACUUUUGCAAGAAUAAUUCUCAAAUAUAUUUAAACUUCAAUGUACCUGCUUCUCUGUAUGACAGGUAAAGUAUUAGAAUGCACGGUGUCCAUCUCAGACAGCUGACUUUUGGCAAAUGACCACCUCAUCCAUUUCCUCAACACCUUUUAUGAUAGUGCUGUAGGUAACUGGAGGAACCACACUAGUCCAAAGCUACAGUUUACUCACCAGUUAACUAGAUCCACUAAUUAGCUCCUGCAUUUGCUCCAGCCAGAUUCAAAUUUGUUCAUCGCCUCCCAGAUAGUAAAAGAGAUAUCCAGAGAAAGUGCACCACUAGGAAACUUGGAGCUACUUGGCAUUUCAAUGGAUCCACUGACCAGCUGAAGAGAGAACAGUCCUGUAGCUAUGAUUUACACAAUUUAAUUAUUCUUGCACUCUGAAAUAAUCAGUAGAUUCCCACUGUACCAUUUUACAUUAAUGGUUCAUGCUUCAUCUUUCAAAGUGCCUUUCAGAAAUGAAAUUUUUAAGUUUAAUUUUGUUUGUGAACACUGCUCUUUCAUAUGAGAACAAUCCCUCCAAUGAAAACACAAAGUAGUUUAUCACCACAGCUGUUUACUUACUAUUGUAUUUAUUCAUAUGCUCGUGUUGCACAAAAAUUAUUUUCAUACUCAUUCAAUCAUUGUGCAAUACAGAGUGCCUGAUACAUGCCGUGAGUCAUUGCUUUUGUUCAGUCCAGAACAGUAAAUUGAAUGCCUGUGGGCAUUGAUUACAUGAGCACAAACAGAGUUUAUGCUUUGUCCUGUGGUUAAUUUAUUUUACAUGCUGCAUUAUGGCUAUUUUAGUAUAGUAACAGUGUUUAAUAAAACUGGAAUCUCAACAUAUUUGGUGCUGUGUAAAUGAUGGAAAUAUCCACAACUCUUCUGCAUAUUAUUAUUUUCAAGAUUUAUUCACGUACAUCAUUCAUCUCUGCGGAAACACAGCCCUUGGAAGUCCUAUCAUGUUGUUUCGAAACGUUAAUAAUAAAAGCACAGCAUCAUAUUGUUUAACAUUAUCAUAUAUGAGUUUUUAGUCACCUGCAUGAUCUGUUGGAAAAAUAGUGCAUACUUCAUGUAGAAUUGCAGUGACUAUUGGCAACCACUUCUGUUAGUGUUACAUAUAGUAUUAGAAAAUAAUUGAAAACAUUCGUAGAGAAUAUUUUAUUAGAUGGACAUUGCAGUUUGUUCGCCUUUACUGCUGAAAUUAUCUUUUUUUCUGGAUUAGUUCUCAGUUUAGAUAAAAAUCUACUUCGGUGGAAGUGGUGUAUGAUGCUUCCUCAUGUUACACUCAUCAUUUCAAACGUAAUAUCUUUCUGUAAAACACAUGCCUCAAUUUGGAUCAAACCCCACUGCCAUCCUCCUUCGAUUUGUGAUGAAUGGGUCAUGUAAUUUAUCCAACUGGUCUCAAAUAUUACUGCAGGUAACAUGUUUAAGUUACCAGUAUAAAUACUGGCCUUGUGUACAUGUAAUGCAUUGAAUAUGCUGAUACAGGAUUUUUAAUGACGCAUGAUGGAGCACAAAAAAUGUUUUCAGUAUACAGUUAUGCUACUGGACUUUAAACUCAGCACAAUAUUUAUCAAACUUUUUUUACAGUGCCACCAGUUGCAAAUGUAACUAUGUAUUAAUCAGAUGCUCUGAAAGAGUAAAAUGUUCCAGUAGAAACUGAGCUCAUGUAUUUGGUGGAAACUGAAUUAGCAAAACUGCUGUGUGCAGGAUACUGCUCAUCCAUUUACUGAAUCAAAUAUUGUAUUGUUUUUGUGAUUUGGUCUCUUUUGAAAACGACUGUUGCAUAUAAGAUCAGUACAAAACUUGCAACUGCAGUUGUUAAGGAAGAAAUGUUGUGUUAUUGUGUCUAGAUCUUUUAUUUAUACAAUUGUCUGUUGAAUGCAGAGGACUUGCAAUUGAUCUGAGAUGUACUACAACUUUGUCUGGAGCAUAUUUUAUCCCCUACCAAGAGCCCAGUCAUAGAGUAAGAGCUCAUUUGUACAAGAGAAGCAGAGAUCUAUUCUUUGUCUGUCUGCUUGGUGUGUGUGUGUGUGUGUGUGUGAGAGAGAGAGAGAGAGAGAGAGAGAGAGAGAGAGAGAGAGAGGUGGUGAUAAUUAUCUGCAUUUUGAAAGUUGGUGUAUGCAUGUCGAGAGAGGAAUGUUUUAAAUAAUCCUAAAUGUCUUUUAAUAAUUUGAUUGUGAAAUGUAUGUAUAACAAUAGAAAUUAUAUCUAUAUAUGUAUAUUAAAUUUGUAAAGCAAAGAGAAUUAUAUCUAUAUAUAUAUUAUAUAUUUGAAGACAGAAAUAUAUACAUUUUAUGUUGCUAGUCGUUUGUUAUAAUUGAACUUAUUUAUUUAUAAUCAUAAUAAUAAUUGUACAUUUGUUUUGUUUUGUGUGUGUUGAUCCUAACUAUUCAAGUGUAGAUUGUGAAUAAUAUUCCAUUACUGUUUUAUUUAUUCUAUCACAUACUUUCAGAUCAAUGAACAACUGUUCUUUGAUAUUACAGGAUUCAUUAAUCUUGACUGCAAAAUUCUCUGAAUCUCUCAUGAGCUGAUAUAAAUGUUAGUAAAUGUGGUAGUGUUGGGUGUUGGUCAUUUGUAAACAAUAUGGAGAAAGCUUUGUGGAUGUAUAUUUUCCAUAAUUGGCAAUUGGGCUUACAUGGCCAGCAUAUAAUUAUUAUUGUAAUUUUUGAAAGACCAUCUGGAUGAGGGGUUUAAGACAAACUACUGUACAAUAUCAGUGGAAUGGCUGGUCCUAGUAUAUCAGAGGGAGGUUAUACAAUCACUGUUCAUGUAACAUUUUUCAGCCAAAAGCUAAGUUAGUCAGAAGAUAUAUUUUUAAUAUCUGACUUCCGCCAUUUGCCAUCAGAAAUGGAGAUCGUCAUAGAAUUUCAAAUCUAAAAGGUACUGCUUAACUGUUCUAUAAUUAUUGAGCACCUGUCCAGUGCGGCGAGGAGUCUUGUUGCAACAUUUUUUAAUAUGUGAAAUUGUCAUUUUUCAUCAUGUAUGACAAAAUGAAUGGUGUGUUCUCAUUGUACUGCUUAUGUCUUAUUUUGAAGUCACUUCAUCAUUUUUCCCCUUGUUUUAGUAUUUCAGUUGUGAUAAAACUCCGUGCCUCACAUCAACAACAUAUUUUGUACUAUGAGCUUGUUGUAACUAUCAUGGAAUUAAGUGCAUCACAUAAUUUUCUAUUCAUUAAGAUUCCUUGGAGGAUAAUGUAUCAUUUUCAUUAGUUGCUACUCAUUUAAUGAAAUUUCGUCUUACUUCCAUUUGUUUGUGAUUUCAUAGGAAAAAUUGAAGUUAGUGCGCACAUGAGACACACACACACACACACACACACACACACACACAUACAUUUGGUGUUACUGUUUGGUACACAAUGUUACAGCAUAGCAUUAAUUUUCUGAGGGACUGGAAACAAUUUAUAAAUCCAUUGCAUCAUCGAAAACUCUUUGAAUUAUGGGUAACAAGCAAUAUAGAAGUUUGAUUUUUGCAUCUUCGCUCAUUUAGCAUUUCAGGUAAACAAAAUACUGAUAUCACGUUCUUAUUACAUAUUGUGUAGGGACCUAAAUUAUUUCACCAACAAAGUGAACAUGUUUCCACUGAAACUUAAGCUUACAAAUGUGAUGAUUCUGAUUAUUUUUAAUCGUACUGACAAUGAAUAUUCAUCUUCUUCUUUAUUUGGUCUUGAUGUGACCAGAAUGUUCCACUUGGUAAAUGGUUGUACAUAACUGAUGCAUGGUUGUACAAGAGUUUGGAAAAUUGGUAACAGUAAGUCAUUUGAAAAGAGUUAUUGCUGAAUGAAAAAUGAGAUCAUUUCCAUUGAUAUAACCAUUAAUAUUUUGUGUGCUGUUUCCAAGAAACCAACUCAAACCUGUUCGUAAGUUUUUGACAGCAUUUCUAUAGAAUGAACAUCUGUGUGUUAGUCUUCCUGUAACUGUAUUAACAGUCUUUUGAAAUAAGUUUGUGACUAACUCUAUCUUUAGAAAAAUAUUUUGGUAUGCUACUGUUUACUUUCAGCACUUGCUGCAUAUAAUUGUUGUGUUGUUUUCAUUCAUCUGUUUUCUCAUAUUAGAUUCCCUUAGAAAAUGUCAGAUUCAGUGAAAACAGUUUUAUGUUUCUAAGGAGUUUACUACAAAAAUUAUUCCUACUGUGUUGACAUGGGUUUAAAAUGAGAAGCCUCAGUGUGCUAUUCAUAAUCUAUCUCCAAGAAAUUGUAUUGAUGACAAACAUCCAAAGCUUUACUAACAUUGCUCUAAGCUAGGUGCAGGAAUAUUUGCUCCUUCUUUUCGCUUUAGAAUGCUGUCACCGGAUGUAGCAGUUGAGUCAAUUAUGAAGGAAAAUUUGAUUAUUUUCCUUAAUGUAACUUUUUGUGUUGCUAUAUCCCAAGGAAUUUCGCUCAUUUACGUGUGUAUUAGAAAUUCUCCCCCCCCCCCCCCCCCCCCCUCCAUGCUACAACAUCCAGUUAGUUACGAGGGAGGUUUUUAUGAAUUUAUUUUACCAACUGAGUAAAAGAUAUAAUUGUACUGAAUGUCACAUUUUAGGUUCAUGAAGUUUUUGUGUGUUUGUUAAAAGAAAUUUCUGUAUUCUUGAUUUGAUAGAAACCUAGGGAACACAAGGCUGUGUAUGCUAUUGGGUUUCUCUUUCUUUGCUAUGCAUUUUACAUCUAUAUACUCCAUUGCUUAUAUACCGUAGAGGGACAUGUUAAAAAUCCUCUGAGAAUAGUAUGAAGCUUAAUUCCUGAAGCAUGGCAGACAUCAAAGAAAGUCAGAGCAUACUUGUGAUCUUUGAGCUCAGAUAAUGGCCACUAGGUUUAAGCCAUGCAGUAUUAAGAAGUGGAAGAAAGUUCUAAACUUGUAGUAGGGAAUAUACUGCUAUACAUGAGCAUAAGUUUUGUAGUAUUUGAGUUAUGACAUUAGAAUUGUCAUAAAAACAAGAUACCUAAGAUUACAAGGGGAGUAUGAGUAUUAGUCUAGGGUCUUUUAUGGAGUGGGACAGAACAUGGUAUCAGCUAAGAUGGGAAUCUGUUUCCUCUUUAUCAGUCUGUUGAGUAUUUCAUAUUUUAAAGCAAUUUGUUAUUUUAUGUCUUUAUUUUAUGGCGGUGCAUUAUUUAUGCAGAAAGUAACUAUGUACAAGUAUUGUACAGUAAAAUAAUAUACUGUAACAUUUAUCAUUUCAUAUGCCAAAGAUGCAGUGGAAACACCAAUUACAUAUCGUAGGUCCCUACGCCUUCUGUAAUGCUUAAUAGGAAAAUAAAAGUUUCUUUUCUUUUAGAGUAUUAUAUUUACAAAACAGUUUCUAUAUAAAAAAAAUCAAUUGAAUACAGUCGGCUUCUGGUUUGAUAGAGAUUCUACCAUAGUUCUCCCUUCUUUGGAGGAAAAAAAGAAUGGUGUCAUUAUAAAAAUUGUAAUUACUUGAUAUUGUGGUUGUAAUGUAUUAGUGGAAGAUCUUGAGUGGAAUGAGGGACAGCGUGUUGAUGACUAUAGCUCACCUUUCAAACAUCAUUGCCUAUUUAAUAUUGGACAUAUCUUCUCUACAUGUGUUGUCUUUUCUGGUAUUAUUUAUCAUGUUACUUUGUUUUGCGUGACAUAGAAUUUGUAUUGUGAAUUUGAAUUUUCAUCACAGUCGCCUCUAUUUAAUUAUUUCCUUGUGAAAGCCAAAUUCAGUUCACUAUCUAUGGGUCACUGAUCUCAGCUAUAGUUUGCUAUAAAAUAUGUUUAUGGAACACAUGAAAUUAGGUUACUCAGUUGUAAUUUAAAAAAGAGAGUGUGAGAAAGUGUGACUACUUAACUUUUAUUUCAUGCUGCCCUAUACGAGAAUAAAAAAAGAGAUUUGGCAAUGAAUCUUCAUCAGCAUCGCAUUAAUAAGGUGUAAACAGAAUAACUGUUAUACUUGAGCAAUUGUUCACUGUCCUAUAGCAUAUAAGUUUGCAAAAGAAGUUACUCUGUCACAGUACACACACUGCUCCACCCACCCCUGCUCCCCAGACACUUUCAGUUUCCUAUUUCUUGUUUUUCCACAUUUUGAAAUUACACACACCAUGUUUUGUUAAAGGUUAUGUGUAGUUAUUGGCUUCAUAGGAUUUUUGCUGCUGACAUUAAUGCUCAUCAUGGAUGAGCAUGAGGGGACAAGGUGGUUUGUUAUUUAAGAGUAUUUAUGUAAAAGUACUAUGCUAUUUUGCUUGUGGUUUGUCCACUUCUUUGUUACUACACUCUAAUAGUGGAUUAUAAUGUGACUUCUGCAAAUUGGGCUACUCAUUAUUUUGAACUGGAAGGUGUAUAAUGAAGCAGAUUGAGUUUCAUGAAAAAGGCAAUUCAAAUUGGAAAAUUGAUAAAACUGCAGAGACAAGAAGGCUGGCCAACAUGUACAUUUAGAAGGUGCACUGCUAACAGAAGCACCUAAAAGAGAACAGAGCACUCCAUUGUCUCAGAAGUGAGUGUAAGAAAGAUGGGAAGCAAAGAUCUUAGGUUUAUUUCUUCCUCAUAACAGUUGGUCCCUCGUAGCCCGAGAUCUGAAAGCCCUUCUUGCCAUCACUUUCUGUGUUCCCCAACAGUUUCUGAAACAUUAAUGCCCCAAACAAUGGGAAUUAUAUGUUUUAUUAAAGAGUUUCAGUACUAGGCAUGUCACAUGCUGCGUAAGUACUGGCCAGCCUUUGUCUCUUAGCAAAAUGUGUUUUUAUAUUUGAGCUUUAAUUUGUUCAUUGUCACCAAUUUUCUUCAUCCUUGACUGGGAGGGAGACUCUGCUUCUGUAAUGUGACAAUUUCUGCUGACAUUUCUGAGAUGUUUAAAUGUUUGGGAGUUUUUUCUCAUUUUUCCUUUAGUCACCAUUACUAAUUUUUGUAACAUGUAAUUUGUCAUUUCCUCAGUUUUAAAUAUUUUGUUUAUAUCUGCUUUGUUUACAGUGAGGUUCAUGCAUGCAGAAUUUUUAUCAUGUGCUAUUUGAGCACUGUUGCUAGUCAUGGAGUUUAUUUCUCAAUAUGCAUUGAAGUUUCAUUUGUUGCCAUAAUUAAAAUGCAACAAUAAAUUUAAGUUUUGGCACAUAGUUCCAUAAGAACUAAUUAUGGGGAAAAUGUGUUGGCAAUUUUGCCAGAAAGUAUGUGAUAAUGAAAUUGUUCUUACUGAAUACAGGUGGACAGUGUUCUUGAGGCUUAUUUUGUUAAAUUUUUAUCCACUGUUAUCUUUUUGAAUGAUUGUUAAUGUGGUUGCCCAAAAAACAUGUGCAAGAAUGAAUGUUGUUUUGUAUCUAUUAUGCUUUGAAUUACAUUUCAAAAACAUAAUAAAUAUUUGCUGUCACAAUAGGCAGUGAAGUUAAUAAAGAGGGGGGGGACACACAAGUGACCAAAGUAUAACAGUCCUAGCACAUAAACUGACAUACUUCUAUAAUAUUUUGAAGAAGCUGAUUAACUUGAAGUUAUACAAGUAUUGAUCUCUUGGAGAAAUUUGUAACAAAUUAUACAAGGUACAUAAAAAAAUUGUAUACCUUUAAAAUUUUUCUCCAGAAGGGUACUUAGGCAGAAGUCUAAAAUACAAACAUUGAUACCUGGCACGCCUGAUUUUGUGAUGGUAAUGGUGGUGGUGUUGGAGAAUCUUACGUGUAGGAAUAAGACCAAAAUGCCCUACCUAGAUUUCUGUUUUAAAUGACUAUUUGGAGAAAAAUUUUCCUUAACUGUGUUGGAUGUAACUCAAUACUGAAAGAAUUACAGUUCACAUUAGUGCAAUUAAUGUCAGUUAAAACAUUAAGCACCCUCAUUCAUCAAAUAGCACAAUAUUUUUGUAAGAAGGUGUGCUACCAUAUGAAAACAAAAAGAGCACCUUUAGUGGAUACCCAUCCAGGUGAUCAAGGAAUUGUUAAUAUUCUUUAGUUUUUGAUAAUAUUUUAUCAACGAUUUGUAUCACAUUCAAGUGUGUAACCUUCUGUUACCUAUGGUUGUUGGAAAAAAGUGAAAUAAAAUGAUCAACACAGAAAAUAGGAUAUUCUAAAAUUUUAACAAUGCACAUAAUAGAAAAUGGUUUUAAUUGCAUACCAAUAGUUAACGUGAUUUAAAGCAAAGUAAGAUAAUUGUUACCAAUAUGUAUGCUGACUUUGUUAUAGUUAAAUUUGAUGUUUUUUUUGACUGUGAUAUGUCCACCUGUAUUGUCAGUUAUUUGAACAUGUAACCUAUCUUUCUAGAAUGUAUACUUAAGUCUCAGUUUGCAGUUAGGACUAAGUGUUAAGUACUGUCAUCACAUUCUCUAACAAGUCUCAACACAAACUGGGACAGUGCACUCUUGCACUGAUCUUUUAAUGGUUGAAUAUCUAUGAAAUCUGUGAGUGGUUGGAAAAUUUUGAGCCCCUAAUUUCAUUUUAAAUGUUUGUUUUCAUUGUAAUUAAUUUUACUUAAAGUAUGAAUGCUGAUAGUCACUUUUUAAGGUGGCCAGUUUGUAUGAAUGAUAAUUUUACUAACAGUUAUUAUAUGUUGUUAGCAGUUUAAAUCAGAAAAUAUACAGAGAGAGAGAGAGAGAGAGAGAGAGAGAGAGAGAGAGAGAGAUUUUCUUUGAAUGUUUGUGUUGAUUACUGAUCAUUUGUGAGAAGACUUGUUAAUAAGCAGUUUAUAUUUGCUUUGUGAAAAUUUAUCGUGUUAUCUUCCCAAGCCCGUAGAAAUGUAACAUGUUAGUCUGAUCUCUUUGUUUGCUUAAAACUCUCAAUACCAGUCAAAGUCCUCAAUACAUUGAGAAGUUUGUGACAGUUUGGUAAAAUAAAAGGGUAUCAUGUUUUGUUUUAUGAGCCAGUGGACUAGAACAUUUAUGCUUUUCACGGUAUACAUUGAAUUAAAGGUUUUGUACUGUUUUGGAAUGAGAAUGAAAUCUAAUUAACUUGGAGCAGCUUUUGUCAUUCUAUACAAAAGUGAUAUUUUAUGUGAUAGUGUUAUGACUUCUAAAUAUUGAUUUGGUACUGAGAAUAUUUUCUACAAUAAAGCUGAGAGAUCUAUUUAAAGUGGAAUACUUUUAAUAUUCCAGCAGAUUUGGUUUAAAGUAGUCCUGGUAAUGUUAAAUCUGGUGUAAACUCAUUACUUUCUGGAAUAAUAUCAUUAAAUUGUUCAUGUAAAGGAUUAUCAUCUUUGUUCAUAUGUUUACCUUUAUAGAUAUACAGAAAUUAUGUGUUGGAAAAAUAAAGAAUAUGUUUUAGCGGUAAAAUUGUAGUUAAAUGUACAAUAUAACAGAAAAACACACACACACAAACAAACAAAAAUUAAUAAAAUCAUCCUUUUCCCUGAAGUGUCCAGCAAAAACAAAACAAAAAAUUAAAAAAUAUAAGAAGCCUCAGCAUUAAUUAUGUUUUACAUAUAUAAAAGUAGCAGUCUUCUGGACAAAUCAUUUCAACUGCUUUACUGAUAACUGUAAAUUGUGUAAUUGUGAAUAAAUUUACAGUGUCUUAUUUACACA